CAUAUAAAACUAUUGUGCAAUUGUAUAACACGAGUGAUAAAGAAUACAAGUGUUCUAAUUUUUUAUAGAUAAUUUCCAAAUUCCACCGAACAUUAACAACGAUAUGGAAUAACAGUGCGUGUUUCUUGGACAAAAUGAGUAGCAAAUGAUAUGAGAAUCGUGAUCGUACUUCACCUUAUCAUACUUUUGCCUGUGAAAUUUUAUUUUAAAAAGUUGUUAUAACUUUUUAAUAUGACUAAUAAUCAGAAUGGUCAAGAGCGCAAACCUGUGAGUCGCAGCAGAGUUAUAUUAUCACAGGUGUUGGCAUGCCUCGCGCUGGACUUCCUUCUGAUUGGACUGGGGAUGUCGAUCAGCUUUGUGACAAUGGUGCUACCUGACGUAUUGGAUGCCAAGGAAGGAGUUAGCAUUACCAAAAAACAGGCUUCCUGGUUCGGAAGCAUGGCUUUUCUAUGCCAACCUUUCGGCAGUCUAUUUUCGGGUCCACUGCUGGACUACUUCGGUCGAAAGCGAGCUCUAUUCCUCGUGAACAUACCGCACGUUAUUGCAUGGCUACUGAUGCACUACGCAUGGGAUGUGCCGUCACUCUUCAUUGCAAAUGCCCUUCUCGGCAUUGGAACCGGUAUUAUGGAAGCACCAUCUAUUACGUAUGUUGGUGAAGUAAGUGACCCAUCACUCCGAGGCUUGCUCACGACUCUGACAAAUGGUUUCACCUCUGCAGGCAUCUUCGUCGCUUACUUGCUAGGAACUGUGUUACCUUGGAGACAAGCUGCGCUGGUCGCUCUCACAGUUCCUUUACUAACCAUGCUGCUAGUCUUGCUUGUACCAGAAACUCCCGUUUGGUUAUUGUCAAAAGGUCGUAAAAAGGAAGCACUACAAUCGCUUUGUCGACUCAGAGGUUGGGUAAAGCCAGAAGAUGUCAAAGAAGAAUUUGAUAAAUUAAUUCAAUAUGGUGAUCAAAUUCAACAAUGUAUGAUUUGUAUCAAGGAACAAAAAAGUGAAACAACAAAUUGCGAACAUUCCAGAAUGAAUAUCUUCCAAAAGAUUAAAUAUAAAGUUAAAUAUAUAUUACUAGUCAAAGAAACGACAAAGCCACUGUUACUAGUGAUGGCAUAUUUCUUAUUUCAUUCAAUGAGUGGAUUUAUGGCAAUUAGACCAAAUAUGGUAAAUUUUUGUAAAGCUUUAGGCAUGAAAUACGACUCUAAAGUCAUUGUGGUUUUCGUCGGAGCUGCAUUAAUACCAAUAAAUUUCGUGGCAGCUAUUAUAAUCAAAUAUAUUGGCAAGAGAAAAUUGAUUCUUAGCGCGCUUCUCUGCAACGCCCUCUGCUGUCUCGCCAUUAGCAUCUAUGCUGCCACGAGUCUAGCACCAGAUGUGUGCUCAUAUGAGCUAAAUACGUUUCCAAAAAAUGAAGAUAUUUUACCACUCGUGCUACUUAUACUGUUAGUCUUUUUUAACAGCUUGGGAAUUCCCUGGGUGCUGUUAUCUGAAGUCUUCUCUUUCAGGAGUCGCGGUAUCGCCACCAGUAUUGCAGCUGCUUAUAGCUAUGUUGUAUAUUUUGUUGCAACGAAAACCAAUUACAACUUGGAGACAUUAUUCCACCUUAGUGGUACAUUUGCCUUCUACGCAGCAUUCGGUAUAGCCGGCACUAUAUAUUUAUACCUGUUCUUACCUGAGACUGAGCGUAAAUCUUUGGCAGAAAUAGAAGCAUACUUUAAAGGGAAUAAAAGGGUGUAUGCUGACGAUUGUUUAAUUAAUUCAUUUAGAAAGAAACCAAAAGACAAUCAAGAUGCAGAUAAACCAAUGCUAGUCAAUUGAAAAAUAAAAUAUUAUAAUACAAAAAUAUUGCAUUAUUUAUCAAUUAAUUACAUUAUUAUUGUAAAUGGAGGCUAAGAAGAAAAAAUUGAAUUAAAAAUUAAUUAAGAAUUGAAUUAAGAAGAAGAAAGAUUUCUUGAAGGUCGCCAACGCGCACGUGGCAUCUUUAGUCUUGCAGGCGUCCAUAGGCUACAGUGAUCGUUUACCAGCAGACAGGCUGUAUGCUUGUUUAUCACUUUUGUGGUAUAAAAAUAUAUAUAAAAAAAAUAAGAAAGAAAAAAAGAAAGAAACAAUCAGUAUUAAGGCUUGAAUUAUAGUUUUAUAUAAAGUUUUACUCUUUUAAAACAAACAAAUGGAAAUCUCUAAAUAUGUAGAUUUAAUUUAGCCAAAACCUCUUAACUCGUACAUGGCACUAUAUGAUGUCUGAUUCGCCUUUUACAAUAUCUAGACGUAUUAAAGUUAAAACCUUAUUUGUUUAUAGGAUUACCAACAUAAGAUACAGCGAAGCAUUUCAAUAUAAUCCACAUUAGGGCUAACUGUUCUUACAUUUAGGUAAAGGUAACCACGGCAUGCUUUAUGUUCGAGACACAUUAAAAUUGAAUUAAAUUAUUAAAAGUUAUCAAAUAAAUAAAAAUAUUAAUUAUAUACACAUAUAAUGGAACUUAUGAUAAAAUCAUUUCAAUUUAAAUUAAAUUAUA